AUGCCUUUCCUCACUUCUACUCAUCACGACACCCCCGUGACAAAGGUCCGCGACCUCGAAGUCGACGAAUCCUUCGUCCUGACCGAGUACGAAACCCACGCACGCAAAUGCACCCGCUGCGCCGAUGCGCUCGACGCCUUUCGCGAGGGUCGCUUGGUGUGCGAUCGCGGACUCGCCUACGCCCGCGACGUCGCAAACUAUGUAUUCACAAAAUCCGGAAAAGCAUACUCGGCAGUUGACAAUGAGCAUGAUGAGGAAGUGCUUGUGCGCAUUCCCAGGGAAUACAAGGCUUGCCGUCGGUUGUUGCUGGCUAUUGAGGAAGGAUUGAGGUUGCGUCGUGAGCAGCCUAUUGUCAGCUACGAUGCUACAUACCCUGUCGGUGCACGACGACCUGCAACUGCCGACUCUACUCCAGCUGCUGUGAGCGAUGACGAAGCCGAACCGGUCACUGAAAUUAUCGAGCGUUCUCCUCGAACUCGUCGUCGCGUUAUUAUCUACCGUCGCACAUCUCCCGGUCAUACUUCAUCCAGCCGGGGAUCACUAUAUGAAGCUGACCGCGUUGACCGGCAAGAGCGCCGACAAUACGGUCGAGUAUCGCGUUGA